AAAAAUAUGUGCAGCAUAGUAAGAGAAUAACCUUUGCUAUCUUUAAAUCAUUUUGUAUCCCUUCUUUCCCUCACACUUUCCAAGUUAUCUUCAAAGAUUCAUCCAAAGAGUAAGAUAGAAGAAACCAUGGAAACAUCUCAUCCUCUCUCAAUAGAAAGUUUUUCAUAUAGUUGGUUAGUAAACCUUAAACCAUCAUCACUAGUAGAAAGCCUUGAUGGUUCUUCCUUUAGAACUUAUCUUGAUGCUUCUGAUGAAGCUUCUUCCUUCAUUGAAAUGGAUCCAAGAAUGCCAUCUUCAAGAAGAUUCUUUAUAAACUCACAAGAUUUCAAAUUUGAUUUUCCAACCUUACAAGAAUCCCCUCUCACCACUCUUGUUGAUGCAGAUCAACUCUUUUCCAAUGGUUACUUAAUGCCAUUAUUUGUUGAAUCAUUGAAUAUAGAACCAUAUGAAUAUGAUUCAUCAAAUUCUAAUUCAAAUUCAGAUUCAAAUUCAACCUUAGCUUCUUCCAUAUCACAUGUAACAAAUAAAGUGGUUCCUCUAGAAAAUUCAAGAACCCCUUCAUUGAAAAGGUGUAGAACAUUAUCAAGGAGCAUGUUUCAAAAGUAUUUGAAAUUUUUAAGGCCUUUGUGUAGAAGAUUGAGGGGUCAAAAGUCAGGAUCAAAACAUGAAAAUGUUGUGAAAAGAACUCAAUCAGUGAAGAAUAUUAGAGGAAAUUAUGGUGAUUCAUCUCCAAGAAUUAGUGUUGCAUAUUCCGCGGAUGAUUGGCGGCGCGUGUCUUGUGAUUCUGAUAGCUCAAUUUAUGAAGCUGUUCUUCAUUGCAAAAGAUCCAUUGAAAUGAGUUAAGCAUGUUAGAGUGCAUAUCAAGGUUUUGAAAAAUGUUGGCACAAUUUACACCGCGACGUCAAAAAUGUUGAUGUCUCUGCUGCCAUAGCACGAACACAAUCGAGGCUGUGUCAACUGUAUUUAACCGAAAUUUUUCGUGCAUGUCUAAGAAUGCAAUUGCGACUGCAAUUCAAAACCAUGGUGAAGACAAGACCAAUGGAGUAUCCAUAAGAAAUAAGUAUACAUAUGAUUGGUGAGGCAUUAUUCAAGCUUUGCCAUCAAAUUUGGGAAAAGAAAAAUAAUAGUACAAUUUUGUUUUUAUUUUUUUUGUUAAUAUGUAAAUAAUCUUGUUUACAUUAAAUGAGAAUCAACCUUCCAAAAUCAUUGAAGUUGUUAAAGAUGAUAUUGAUGAAUGAUUGUAUAUACUAUAUCCGUUAUUUCCGAUUCUCCAAAAAAAAAAUAUGACAUGCCUUCAAUGAGUUUAUUUAUUUUUUGGUCCUUCCUUCUUGAUGUAAUAAAAUAAGAAUCAUUCUGGUUAUAA